UUAACCUACGGGAGAGAGCACCAAAAUGGCAGAGAAUCAGGAACUGUUCUGUUGCUCUAUCUGUCUGGGUCAACUGAAGGAUCCGGUGACUACUGCCUGUGGACACAGUUACUGUAUGGGCUGUAUUAAAGAAUGCUGGGAUCAGGAUGAUCUGAAAGGUUUCUACAGCUGUCCACAGUGCAGACAGACCUUUAUCCCAAGGCCUGUUCUGAACAGGAGCACUGUGCUGGCUGAAGUGGUGGAGAAAAUCCGCUAUGCUGGACCGGGAGAUGUGGCGUGUGAUGUCUGCACUGGGACCAGAAAGCAGAAAGCCCUCAUGUCCUGUCUGGCGUGUCUGGCCUCUUACUGUGAGACUCACCUCCAACCUCACUAUGAAUCUCCUGCUUUCAAGAAGCACAAGCUGGUCAAAGCCACCGCACAACUACAGGAGAAGAUCUGCUCUCAUCAUGACAAACUGCUGGAGGUUUACUGUCGUACCGAUCAGCAGUGUAUCUGUUAUCUGUGUACAAUGGAUGAACAUAAAGGCCAUGAUACAGUGUCAGCUGCAGCAGAGAGGACUGAGAAACAGGUAAGACCAGAACAACUUGUUGGUGACUGUCUGAUAAACAAACCUUUAUUUAACUAG